AAGCCACAACUGUAAUCCGAAGUCUCAAGAAAUAUAUGAGCGCGCGCUUUUAAAACCCUAGAAGGUGGGAGUUGAGCAUUGCCUCUGCUAUUGCCAUGGGGGCUGACAACUCAUCUUCCGGGAGAAUACAGGCUCCUCACGCUCAUUUCUUUGUCUGGAGAGAGUUUGUUUGGGGAGCUAUUGCUGGGGCUUUUGGGGAAGGAAUGAUGCAUCCAGUGGAUACCAUUAAAACACGCAUGCAAAGUCAAGCAAUUAUUGGUGGAAUUCAGAAUCAGAAGAACAUACUACAGAUGGUGCGGUCUGUUUGGCAGGCUGAUGGAUUAAGAGGCUUUUACAGGGGUAUAACACCAGGUGUUACUGGGUCACUUGCUACUGGUGCAACAUAUUUUGGUGUCAUAGAGUCCACUAAAAAGUGGAUUGAGGACAGGCACCCUGGUCUUGGUGGCCACUGGGCACAUUUCAUUGCUGGAGCUGUUGGAGAUACACUCGGUUCUUUUGUGUAUGUUCCAUGCGAAGUGAUAAAGCUACGCAUGCAGGUUCAAGGCACAACCACAUCUUGGAAUUCUGUCAUUAUGAAAGAUAGAAUUUCGAUGAAGCCUAGCACUCAAAUAUAUGGUUACUACACAGGAAUGUUUCGUGCUGGUUACUCAAUAUGGAAAGCGCAGGGCUUAAGGGGUUUGUAUGCAGGAUACUUGUCUACACUGGCAAGGGAUGUCCCAUUUGCUGGACUGAUGGUCAUGUUUUAUGAAGCUAUGAAAGAAGUGACAGAAUAUGGGAAGCAAAGAUGGACAUCAAGCUCGAAUUGGCAUGUUAACAGUUCUUUAGAGGGACUUGUGUUAGGAGGCUUAGCUGGUGGUCUUAGUGCUUAUCUCACUACUCCCUUGGAUGUCAUCAAAACAAGAUUGCAAGUGCAGGGUUCAGCUAUAAGGUAUAGUGGUUGGUUGGAUGCGAUCCGGAACAUAUGGGCUAUGGAAGGCAUGAAGGGGAUGUUUAAGGGUAGCGUCCCUAGGAUUACAUGGUAUGUUCCCGCUUCUGCGCUAACAUUCAUGGCUGUGGAAUUCCUCAGAGAUCAUUUUAAUGAAAGAGAUGCGUGUGGAAAUUUUCAAAAAGUUGCUACAUUACAAGUGGACAAGAAUAAAUCUUCUGUAUAGCGUUCGGGUAAGGUUUUCUGGCUGAAUAGUGUUACUUCGCAACCGAUUUUUUUGGGGCAAUAUUGUAUGAAUCGUUGAAAUUCUUAGACAUCUCAAUACAUGAAGAGAAAAACCAAGUGUGAGCUCAGAAUGUUGAGCCUCAGGAAAAUGAAUGCGAAAAUUAUUAUUUUUUGGGUCUUAUAUUUAAA